CCCCACCCCCCCCCCCCCCCCCAAACCCGCUCACCCUCUCCCCCCAAAUUCCAAUCCGCCCCCAAACCCCACCUCACUCAAAACCCCCGCCGCCGCUCCCCUCCCGCGCGUCCCCAUGGCCGCGGCCGCGUCCUCGGAGGAGGCCGUCAAGGCGGCGAAAGUGCUGAUGGUCGGGGCGGGAGGAAUCGGCUGCGAGCUGCUCAAGACGCUCGCGCUCUCCGGAUUCAGUGACAUACACAUCAUUGACCUGGACACAAUUGAAGUUAGCAAUCUGAAUAGACAAUUUUUGUUUCGGCAGAGUCAUGUUGGGCAGUCAAAAGCCAAAGUUGCUAGAGAUGCUGUUUUGAAAUUUAGGCCAAAUAUAAAUAUAACUCCAUACCACGCAAAUGUGAAGGAUUCUAAAUUCAAUGUUGAAUUCUUCAAGCAAUUUAAUGUGGUUCUGAAUGGUCUUGAUAACUUGGAUGCUAGACGCCAUGUUAAUCGCCUUUGCCUUGCUGCUGAAGUUCCUUUGGUUGAAAGUGGUACUACUGGUUUUUUGGGGCAGGUUACUGUUCACGUCAAGGGUAAAACAGAAUGCUAUGAAUGUCAGCCAAAGCCUGUCCCGAAAUCAUAUCCUGUCUGCACAAUUACAAGCACACCAUCAAAGUUUGUGCACUGCAUUGUUUGGGCGAAAGACCUGCUUUUUGCAAAGCUUUUUGGUGACAGAAACCAGGAUAAUGAUCUUAAUGUGCGCUCAAAUGAUGAUAGCAGUUCAAAAACCGAUGUUUUUGAAAGGAAUGUAGAUGAAGAUCUCCCGCAAUAUGCCCAGAGGAUUUAUGAUCAUGUAUUUGGCUACAACAUCGAAACUGCCUUAGCUAAUGAGGAAACUUGGAAAAAUCGGAAAAAGCCAUCCCCAAUAUACAUCAGAGAUGCAUUACCAGAAGACGCUGUUCAGCGAAAUGGUUCCUCUCGGGACCACAAAAAUGAGGAGCAUGAACCAUCUGCUAUGGUGUCCCUAGGCCUUAGAAAUCCACAAGAGAUAUGGAGUCUUGCUGACAAUUCAAGAGUGUUCUUGGAGGCUUUGAAAUUAUUUUUUGAGAAAAGAGAGAAGGAAAUAGGGAACCUUAUUUUCGACAAGGAUGACCAAUUGGCUGUUGAGUUUGUUACUGCUGCAGCUAAUAUCAGAGCUUCCUCUUUUGGAAUACCACCACAUAGCCUUUUUGAAGCUAAAGGUGUUGCUGGAAACAUAGUCCAUGCUGUGGCAACUACCAAUGCCAUAAUAGCUGGUCUAAUUGUCAUUGAAGCAAUUAAAGUGCUAAAGGGUGAUUAUCAGAACUAUAGAAUGACAUAUUGUCUUGAACAUCCAUCAAGGAAGAUGCUUUUGAUGCCUGUAGAACCUUUUGAACCUAAUAAAUCAUGCUAUGUCUGCUCUGAGACCCCACUUGUUCUGGAGGUUAAUACUAAGACAACAAAGCUCCGGGAAGUCAUUGACAAAGUUAUCAAAAGCAAACUUGGAAUGAACCUCCCUUUAGUAAUGGUUGGUGCCACACUUGUUUUUGAGGAUGGUGAAGGUUUGGAGCCGGAUGAGGCUGCAAAUUAUGCUUUAAACCUCGAAAAGGUCUUGGCGGAACUUCCAGCUCCAGUUGUAAAUGAUACAAAGAUUACGGUCGAGGAUUUCCAGCAGGAGCUUAAAUGCAGCAUCAACAUCAAACACAGGGAUGAGUUUGAUGAGGAGAAAGAGCCUGAUGGAAUGGUUCUUGCUGGGUGGUCUGGUCCAGUGGAUAAGCAAGUUACCAGUAAUGGUGAUAAAAGAUCGGUUCCAUCUUCAUCCAGUGCAGAUGACGUUGAUAGUACUGCCGAGGAUAUAUCAGUGAAACCUGGAAUGAAGCGCAAGCUGAAUGAAAUACUAGAGUCGCAGGAAAAUUUUGAUGCCCUCCAAAAUCAGUCUGAUGUUGGUUCCAGUAGCGCGCAAGUCGUUGAAGAUGAUGAUGAUGACAUUGUUAUGCUUGAUGAGGACCCGAAGCAAGGCAAGAAAAAGAGAUUGCAAUAGCAACUUCAGAGUUCAGAGAUAACAGCUUUUGACUCGUGACGUCAUGGCUAACACAUUAUUUGAUCAUGACAUCUUUUGUAACUUAUCUAUGCGGUGAUGUGCUAGGCUGAUGGUGUUGAGAUAUUGGUAACAAUGCCCGGGAUGCUUUUUUGGCCUUAGAUACUGUCCUGUAGGAUUGUAAUUUGUAGUGUUUAGGCACAUGAGCAACUAAUGCUCUUCUGACAGCCUGCUGCAAGAUAGCAGUUUAUCUCAUGAGCCUGAAGUUCCUUCGUUGGUGAUGAUUUUUAUUCAGUUAGGGAUGACCUGGUAAACCACUAAGGUUUCAUUCUGAAACUGAAGUAUAUUCCUAGGUUCUGGAAGUCCGUUCUAAUCCUGUAAUCUUGUUAGCACCAGUGAGGCAGUGGCCUGAGAGAAUAAACUAUGAAGUGGUUCAGAAGCCA